CACAGCGGCUCCUCGUCUAAAGGGAUAACAAACAGCAUUCGGUGCCAUUACGACUGCUACGCGUCAACUGUUUCAAGCCACACAAAUGACCAUUCAGCAAAGUUUAAAAACUGUCUCCAGUAUGAGACCUAGAAGAUUACUCCUGUUCGUGGCUCCUUUGCCCACGAUAACAGAGACGCACGAGGAUACACCUCAGCUUGGAUGUUCCACACACCCCUCUCAGUCUCUGGAGGAAUACAUCAACUCCAUCAAGGAGCUAGCGCAGCCGUGCUGCCGCCCCGUCAGGGUGACAAGGACUCAGAGGCCUCGCCUCCUCUCCAAAGCCCUGGCCAAACAUUCCACCUCCUCCUCCUCCUCCACACCACGGUCCUCCUCCAGACUCUUCAGACCCCGCACGGCCUCUCUGAGCUCGAACGACGCCACGCUAAACUUCAGCGGCCAGAGGGACUACGGUACUAAAGAUCCAGUGGACUGGCUGUUUGCGCAGACCCAAAUGCUGACACGCUGCGAGGAUUUGUGUAACUCGGAGAGCGUGCCAGCGUCUUUGAGACUGAUCUAACGGGAACAGACAUGGACACGGACACAGACACCUUGAUAAAGGCCAAAUGAGGUUUACCUGGUGAUUUGUCCAGAUGGGAGUAAUUAUAUGCCAGGAGGAAGAAGAGGAGAAGCAGGAACUCAAACACUUAAUUUAUUAAUCCAUGGACACUGGUCCCAGUCUGCAAAUCUCAUGUUUACACUUUGAAGAAAUUUUGUGUAUGAUGUGUGAUUUUUUAUUUUUAUUGUUCUCUGA